CACGACUCACAACUGAUGACGUUCGAACACUUCCGGAACAAGCGGGCUCCCGCUUGUGUUGGCGGAGCAUAUAUAACCGGGUCACUUGGCUGUGGAGCGUCAGUACAGCUUGGGAGACUCUCAGUGUUGUCUGUGUAUCCAUCAUGUUUGCUAUGCGUUGUGUUAGCCUGCUCCUCCUGCUGGUGCUCAUGGCUCUACUACACUUCUCGACUGCUCAAUAUUUCCACGAUCGUCGGUACCAGCCAGUGUAUGGCCAAGGUUACUACCAGGACAACUACGGGUAUCGUCCCACGUACGGCCACGGUUAUCAACAGUACUACGACGACGGGCUCUAUGGUAGACACAGGUUUAGGUACUGAAGACUUGGAAAAACUCUAGUGGCUGCUCUAAAUCCUGAACCAUCUUAAAGUAAUGGCGCACUUUUUGUAACUUUAAUAAAUGUUCGUCAAC